AAUAGGUACUACACGAUAUCCACUUGUCGUCGUCGUUGUUCGGUUGGAAAUCAGCAGUCGCUUUUAGGUUAUGAGCGACAGUAUAUCUAUAUGAUAUAACAGUAUUAUGUAUAUUAUAAUAAAUUAUAAUAUUGAUAUAAUAUAAUAAUAUAUUUUGUAUCGGUCACGUAAACGCGAAAACCCGUUGUAGUUGUUGUGCUGUAUAGCUAAACAGUGAACCCAAUAUUAACCGACCACCAUGUACGCUUUGCAAACAGUCGGCAGCACGACCAGCUCCGUCAAAGAUGACACGGAGGUGUUGGAUUUGGACGAUGUUGGCAACUCGAUAGUCGAGCAGAUCAUCAGCAACAGUAACGCCGUCAAACGUUCAGGGAAUCUGACGUCAAAUGGCUAUCAAUCUUCUCAAACUCACCCAGCGAUACAAAAUUAUGAACGGAAGAACGUCGAUAAAAAUCACACUGGCUUGUGUUUUUGGACGAUAUUUCAAGCGGUUGGACUUACGUGCGUCGCCACGAUUGUUUGUCGAUCCGUCGUAUAUCAACACGGAUUUUUCGAUGUAUCUUCCAACAGGAAUUCUACUUCCAUUACUAGUAGCCAAUUUUGCAAUUGGCAUUACUCGCUUAGCACAGUUGGAUUUAUAUACCUCUAUGCCAACUCGAUUUUCAUGAUAAAAUCUCACAAAUCGAAAGUGUCGUUGCCGUACGUGAUGUUGCACACAUUCGCGUACCUCGUUUCGGCCUUGGGGUUGUGCGCCAUGUACGUACACAAGGAAACUAACAAGCCCGAGGGCAGCGCGUUCUACGAGGGCCAUUUAUACUCGGUACAUUCUUGGGCCGGUGUGUUGGCGGCGGCCCUGUUCACGGUCCAAUGGCUGUCCGCCGCCGCCACGUUCAUGAUGCCGUGUCUGCACAGCAUAGGGUUACCACUGGGCAAGAUGUUCAGCCUGUAUACCACCAUCGUGUCGACUAUCUGCCUCAUAGCUGGAGUUAACCAACAUGCCAUGAAGACUUUAGGAAAAGAUUACAAAACAUAUUCAAUUGAGUCAUUAAUUUUGAACGGGUUUGGAAUGCUUGUUAUAGUUUUUUUAUUUUUAGUUACUUACAUGGUCAUAAAACCGAACAGAAAUUAAAUGUUUUAAUUUAUUUAGGACAUGACUUAUAUAUGUAUUAAAUACAUACCAAUUGUUAAUUAAUAUGUUUUAUUGUAUUAAUGUACAAUAAGUUAAAAUGUAUUCUUAUAAAUAAUAUAUACGUUGUAGUUAGGAUUAUAUAUUUAUACAUACUUUUGUGCAUCAAAACUCAGAAGUUACUUUUUAUGCAUCUUCAUUAAAAUUAAAUACCUAUAUAAUUA